GUGUCUAUAUAUGUGUGUACACAUAUAUAGCCACAUGAAUCACUUCCAGUUUAUUCACAUGCUUUUGAAAUCAAAUUGCUGUACACAGAUAGAUUAUGGAGAGUGAACAAGGAAGCUAUGAAGACAUUGCUUAUGCUGGGGAAAAGAGUAAGCCAAUGGAAGGGGUUUUCCAUAGCCAUUUAGAGGAGAGGGUCCGUCCUUAUAUUGAUCUGAUUGACUCUUUGAGACUGAUUGGUAUUGACGAAGAUUUGGCUUUGCCAACUAUAGCUGUAAUUGGAGAUCAGAGUUCUGGAAAAAGCUCUGUGUUAGAAGCGCUAUCUGGAGUGGCAUUGCCCAGAGGAAGUGGUAUUGUGACAAGAUGUCCACUGGAGUUAAAGCUGAGGAAGAUUAAAUGUGGUGUUCAAUGGCAAGCCGUAAUAUCUUACAAUGAUCAGUUUAUUGAGUUCGAUGACCCAUCACUGGUUGAGGGCUACGUUGAAGCAGCCCAGAAUGAGCUGGCUGGAGAAGGUGUUGGGAUUUGUGAUGAACUCAUCACUCUGGAGAUCAUGGCUCCUGAUGUGUGUGACCUCACACUGAUCGAUCUCCCUGGGAUUGCCCGAGUUCCUGUAAAAGGUCAACCUGAGGACAUCGGACAUCAGAUCAAAAAUCUCAUACGGAAAUAUAUAGAGAAGGACCAAACUAUAAAUUUGGUCGUGGUCCCAUGUAAUGUUGACAUAGCAACAACAGAAGCUCUGAAAAUGGCACAGGAAGUGGAUCCUGAAGGAAAAAGGACAUUGGCUAUUCUCACAAAGCCAGACCUUAUAGACAGGGGAACAGAAAAAAACAUCUUGGAUAUAAUCCGAAAUCAGGUCAUUCCCUUAAGCAAAGGGUAUGUCAUCGUUAAGUGCCGUGGCCAAAAGCAAAUUGAUGAUAAAAUCUCUCUGUCUGAGGCCACUCGAGUAGAGAAGGAAUUCUUCAGACGUCAUGAAUUCUUCAGUUGCCUGUUGUACGAGGAGAAAGCAACUAUUCAGUGUCUUGCCAGCAAACUGACUCAAGACCUGGUUGAUCACAUCAAAAAAUCGUUACCUCUGAUCUCAGAGGAGAUCAAGAAGCAGCUGUGGAGCUUGAGAAAAGAGCUAAGUCAGUGUGAAGCUGGUCCACCACUGGACCCACAGAAGAGGAAGAAAUUUUUUAUUGAUACCUUGGCAAAAUUUAAUGAUAAGAUCAACCGCUUGGCAUCUGGGGAAGUGGUCAACAAUGACAACUUGUUUGUAAUGCUUCGGUCUGAAUUCAAAAAGUGGAAAGAUCAUCUUGACAACACAAAGGCAUCAUUCCACAAAACGGUCCAGGAAGUGGUGAGUGAAUAUGACCUGAAGCACAGAGGACGUGAACUGCCUGGUUUCAGUGACUACAAGGUGUUUGAGAUGGUGGUGCAGAAGCUUGUGAUCCAGCUAACAGGACCAGCGAUUGAGACACUCAGGGGCAUCAGAGACACCAUUCAGAAAGAGUUUUCAGAUGUGUCCAAAACCUGCUUCAACAUUUACCCUUUCCUCCAUUGUGUUGCUACGAACAAGAUCGACAACAUUCAGUCAAAGCAGGAAGCCAAGGUGGAGCAGAGGAUCAUGGAGCAGUUUGAGAUGGAGCAAUUGGUCUACACUCAAGAUGGCAUCUACUUCAAGACCUUGAAUGCGACUCCCUCUGCUGAGGGACAAAAUGCUUCAGAAGACAACUUUGCUGGGUUUGACAACAGAAACAAAUAUCCUGAAAUGCUGCGGGCUUAUUAUGAGAUCGUGGUGCAGCGCUUGGCUGACCAGGUGCCCAUGCUGAUCCGAUACUUCAUGCUGAAGGAAUCCGCUCAGCUGCUGUGCAGUGAGAUACUGGGUUUAAUGGACGGUGCCAACGUUGCCGAUGCCUUGCGUGAAGAGUCGGAUGUCAGCAGACGCCGCAUUGACAUGCAGAACCGCACGGACCGUCUUACCCAUGCUCAAGACAAACUCAGCAACUUUGUUUGAAACCAGGGGGCCACUGUAUAGCAGGAUUUUACAUCCUUUCUAGUUUAGCGCCUGAAUCAACCUAUCAGCUAAUUACAUUUGUCUGAAUGUGGUGUGUUAAAAGAGGGAAAUGCUAAUCUCUGUUGGUUUGUGGCCCUUCACCACCGACACCACUGAUCUACACAAACAACUUUUAUAUUUCCCAGAAAGGCACUGUGGACAUUAAGGACAUAUUGGUCUGUAGAUGUUUAUUUAAAUAUGCUAUAUUCAGAAUUAUUUAGGCAGAGGUGAGGAGCAGGAGUGAUGAAUAGCCUUAGUGCAUGAGUGGAUGCAGGUGGUUAAAAUUCCUGAUGUCAGAGAACCCUUGUGCAGUUCAAUAGUUUCUACUUCAGUAAAGGUUUUAUACAGGCUUCAUAGAAUUCAUAUUGUCUAUGCAAAAGGCCUUAUGUUUGCAAUGAGUUGUGUUUGUUGAGUUUGCCUCUGUAUUGUGUUUCUUAGGUUGUCUUGUUUUGGAGUUUGUCAUUGUAUUGUUUGUUGUAUUGUCUUGUUUUUUGGGGUGAAUAAAAGUCAGAUGUGCAUCUUUA